CAAACGGAGGUAAACAAAACAAGCGGCCGCUUGUGAGCGAAAAGUUUGUUUGGAUUUCCAUCGUGAAAAUUUAAGUUUUCGUGACGAUUUCAACGAAAUAUACUCGUAAAAAUGCAGCGGAACAUCACGCAAUCGAAAGAGGCCCUGCUCAAGUCGUACAACACCCGGUUGAAGGAGGACGUCCGCAGCAUGCUCGAGAACUUUGAGGAAAUUGUCCGCCUGGCCAAGGGCGAAAACGAAACGCAACUCUCCAAGAUGACCCAGUGCGAGCAGGACACGUACGAGAUGCAGGUGCGGGCUUCCAACAUUGUUCGCGCCGGAGAAUCGCUGAUGAAGCUGGUGUCGGACAUCAAGCAGUACUUGAUCUUGAACGAUUUCCACUCGGUGAACGACGCCAUCUGUAGCAGUUCGCAGCUCUACCGGAGCACCCAGAUGGACCGCGACAACAAGCUGAUGAUGGUGCGGGACGAUAUGGCGGCCGAUUUGUACGAUCUGGAGGAGGAGUACUACACCAGUAUGUACAAGUAAGAGGUGUAAUAGAUUGGGUUAUUUAUAAUUUCA